AAUAGCGGGCGGCAUGUGAGGAAUCCAUCGCGGAGCUGGCCGUACCCGUCAUGCACCGCGGCAUUCUGCAAACUCCCAUGGAACGGUCCCGGCCAGGCUUAAAUUGUGUAUAAUGCUAAAUAGUUAUAGCAUACGAACGGUUCCUGACACUUGAUGAAAUUUGUUCACGUCAAGACAAUUUCCUAAUAGCAGCAUCAAGAUGUCGGAGCUUUUCAUGGAAUGUGAGGAAGAGGAGUUGGAGCCAUGGCAAAGGAGAAUACCAGAGAUAAAUCUAGUAGAUGAUGAUGACGACGAUGAUGAUGAGCCCAUCUUUGUUGGAGAGAUCCGUGCCUCCAAAGUUACUCCGAACACCAGGCCAAGUCCUGCUCCUGUCGCCAAAGCCCCCACUCAGUGGCGUAAGCCGCCUGCACCCGUCCAGAACACCUUGCCUGUUUCUCCAGUGCAGAGAGGUGGAAGUGGCACGGUGGCCCCCGUUCAGAGGCAUUCGCAGCCUCCUGCCAGCACACAGCCUGUGUCCUCGGGUCCUGCUCAGCUCACAGUCAGAGCGGCACCCCAGCCAGUGGCCAAGUCCCUGCUCAUCCCAGUGACGUCCCAGCCUGGGUCCAGUCCUGCUGCCGCACAGAACGUGUCCCGCACCCUGACGACAGUGUCCCCGCAGCCCAUCAUCAUUACCAACAACCAGGGAUAUAUAUUGACUUCUCCCCAGAUACCAAACAACUCCACCUUCAUCACACCAUUUGGGACUCAGUAUCCCAGUGGCACAUCCUUUGCAGUACUUCCAGCUGGACAGCAGCUGUUGCAGCCGGUGGCCCCUGCUGGCCCGGUGCCGGGAGUCAUCCACAGGCCUCAGGUCCAGCUCAUACAGAACAACGUUGUCACCCUGACCAGCAUGCAGAGUCCUCCUCAGGCCAAGCAGCCACCUGCGCAGCCAUCCACGCAGUUCACCACCAGUACCCUGCAGGCCAUACACACAAACUCAGCCACACUUCAGCCAAUUCAACUGGGCUGCUCGGCGUCACAGGCCAAACCAGGCACCUCGGCCAAUCAGAAGAGCUCGCCUCUGCCGGCUCCGCAUGCCGGCAGUCACUCAGCGCCCUCUGCAGGCAACGGCAGCAGCACAGUGAAGCGAACUUUUCAGCCGAACUCGAUGAACCCAGUGAAGAAGAUGAAGCUGGAAACUGUUGUAGGGACCCCCAAUGCCACGGCUUCCACGCAGAAUGGAACACCUUUCAAGAAAAAAUGUCCAAAAUGUAACAUUCAAUUCAUCCUUCCGGAUCCUAUGAAACGCCACAUGAAGUACUGCUGCUAUGAUUUGAUAAACAGCGUGUUCCCUACGACAUCCACGCCGGACCAGCCAUCCUCGCCUCUGCACGUGAAGACCACUGGGAAGGGUAAAAUCAUCAUGCUGGUAUCCGACUUCUACUAUGGGAGACAUGAGGGAGACACGGUGCAGGUCAAGGAGGAGAAGGCGCUCACCACAUUCAAGUGUAACAGCUGUCUGAAGGUCCUGAAGAGCAACAUCAGGUUCAUGAACCACAUGAAGCACCACUUGGAGCUGGAGAAGCAGAGCAACGAGAGCUGGGAGAGCCACACCACCUGUCAGCACUGUUACCGGCAGUACGCCACGCCCUUCCAGCUGCAGUGCCACAUCGAGAGCGCCCACAGCCCCUACGAGUCCACCACUAAUUGUAAGAUUUGUGAGCUGGCUUUUGAAAGCGAACAGGCACUCCUGGAGCACAUGAAGUUCAACCACAAGCCAGGGGAAAUGCCCUAUGUUUGCCAGGUCUGCAACUACAGGUCAUCGUUCUUCUCUGAAGUGGAGAGCCACUUCCGAAGUGUACAUGAGAACACCAAGGACCUCCUCUGUCCCUUCUGCCUCAAAGUCCUGCGGAGCGGCCAUACUUACAUGCAGCAUUACAUGCGACAUCAGAAAAAGGGAAUUCAUCGAUGUGGUAAAUGCCGGUUAAAUUUCCUCACGUACAAGGAGAGAUCGGACCACAGGGCACAUCUACACCGGACUUUCAAGAAGCCAAGGACCCUGGAAGGUCUUCCUCCUGGGACCAAGGUGACGAUCCGAGCGUCUCUGUCCGGCGGCUCGUCCACUUGCCCCAAAACUCCCGAAAAGUCUAUCGUCAGCCUGGACCCCAGCAGUCCAACCCCCCGACGGCUGGGGAAGUCUCCAGUCAGCACGGUGAAAUCCAAGUCUCUGCAGGCGGCCAGUGCGGCCAAGUCCCGAACCUUCCAGAACCGACGGCAGGAGCGUCUGUCCAGUUCCAGACAGCUGGAGCGCAGCAACCAGGCCCUGAAGAGCCUCCAAAAUGAAUUUGGGACACAGUUGUGCGUUGAAUGUUAUACGGAAGUCAAGGACUUCUACGGACACUAUCCCCUGGUCAUGAAAUGCAGCGCGUGCAAGUAUCAAACCAGCUGCAAGAAGUCGUUUGAGAACCACAUGAUCAGGUUUCACAGCGCCAUCUCCAGGGACAGGUUUCGGAAGAUGCGGAAGCCGACGGGAAAGCUGCGGAGCUUAACGCUGGUGUGUCUUAACUGCGAUUUCCUGGAGGACGCCUCUGGCAGCGACCUCAUGACCAAACACCUGAUCGACAGGCCGCACCACACAUGCCAGGUCAUCAUUGAGAAAGGAACUUCUACUGCUGAACCCAAAAAAACACAAUCUGAGCUUGAUGUUAAGUCCUGUCUGGACCUCAGUAACUCCAAGGAUAAUGAAGUUGCUAGUAAUGGCUGUCAGAGUGAGCAGUCCUCCACCGAGACUAAUGGUAGCGCCAAAGACGAGGUCCAGGACCCAGUGCCUGUCUCAAGCCCGAAGGAUGCUUCUGGAAGCGGGGAUUCUGAUACACCGAGGAUUCUGAUACAGCCCGACACCGGGGAAACCCCACAGCCCAAAGACGGCAAGCAGAGCGAGACCCAGGGGGCUCCCGCAGAGCCCGGCCCGGCCGAGGCCCCGGGGGUUCCCGCAGAACCCGGCCCGGCCGAGACCCAGGGGGCUCCCGCAGAGCCAGGCCCGGCCGAGGCCCCGGGGGCUCCCGAAGAGCCCGACCAGGCCGAGACCCAGGGGGCUCCCGCAGAGCCAGGCCCGGCCGAGGCCCCGGGGGUUCCCGCGGAGCCCGGCCCGGCCGAGACCAAGGGGGUUCUCACGGAGCCCGGCCCGGCCGAGGCCCCGGGGGCUCUCGCGGAGCCCGGCCCGGCUGAGACCAAGGGGGUUCCCACGGAGCCCGGCCCGGCCGAGGCCCCGGGGCCUCCCACGGAGCCCGGCCCGGCUGAGACCAAGGGGGUUCCCACAGAGCCCGGCCCGGCCAAGGCCCCGGGGGCUCCCACAGAGCCCGGCCCGGCCAAGGCCCCGGGGGCUCCCACAGAGCCCGGCCCGGCCGAGACCCAAGACGAGGGCAGCGACCCGAAAGACGCGUCCCCUCCCGAUGCCGAACGCGGCGACUGCUCUCCUGCCAGGGAUGAGAGCAAGCAGGCCAGAGACGGCGUCCCCUUCGAGGAGUUCCUGCGGAAAGAGGACCAAAGGGAGACAGCGAGCCCUAGCGGCUCAAAGCACGGCUUAGUUACCCUGGAGCCUCUCACACCCUCCAAGGUGCUGGAACACGAGGCCACGGAGAUCCUUCAGCAGGGAAACGGCCCCCCCUCCAAGACGCAAGAGGCUGCGGCUGAAUGUCCGGAUGGCAGCGGACGCGUCACUCCGGAGACGGAAGCAGGCCUUGGCGUAACGACAGAAGCUGGAGGAAAAUGACUCCCUUUUUAAAAAAAAAAAAAAGCAUUAUGUUAAUUGAGAACAUGUUUUUUGUUUUUGGGCAAGGGGCAGUAGAAAUGGGAGAGGAACUUAUUUUAAUUUUUUUUUCCUACUUGCCUCUAAGGGGGGGGUGUGUCUUCCUACCAGGCUUCUCCACUCAAGAGUCAACUUUCAACGAAAGUCAUAUCACUAAUAUGUGUGAAUAUCUGUGUUGUGAAUUUGUUUGGAGUUGUCUUGUAGAGAAUUUGCUGCUUUUUUUAAGUUCAAAGUAUAAAUUGAAUUGAGACAGUGAGCUGUAUUUCUGAGUCACUGCCUUUUUAGAAAUGGUUACUCACAUGGUUCUUCCUUUGCCUGGCAUGUUUAAACUGUAUGGACUCUUCUCCUUGUGAAAGGUUGCAUUAAUGUGGCUUAUGGGCAUGUAUCAGGGGGUACUUAGUCCAAACCAAGGGCUCCAUACACAGACCCAUAUUGCAAAACUGCGAAAAGUUGAUCCUGGUAUUUUUACUGCUCUCUUCUACGGUUAGAUUUUAGGAUUUUUUUUUAAAUCCAUACAUUGCAUCACCUACUCUGCAUUUCAGUACCAUGGUAUACAUGGUAUCUCCAGUGCUACUAAAUUCUUUGUGUCCAGCUACAUGCUAAUGAGAAGGAUGUGGAAGGUGUCUGAAGUAGACAUUGUUGGCUGAUUUUAUGGAAACUGUAAAUAAAAGCCAUCAUUAAUAUUCAC